AAUAUACACAUGAUAAAGAAUUUGUUACCAUUACAAGGUGCAUCAAACACACCUACAUGAGACUAUCAUGUUUGUCUAUAAAAAGGUGUUACCUCUUCAAAUUGUCUUCUCAACUUUUCAUUUGUUUAUGGUCUACUAAACCUUUCAUUCUUCUUCUAUACAUACCCUGCUUCACAAAAACAAAAUAUUCAACCAAACCAUGGCAUUAAAACUUUUUGGUUUCUCAAAACAUGCCAUACUUUCAUUCAUCAAAAUCACUAUACUUCUAAUCCUUAAUUUUAUGAUUAACAAAGCAGACUCAGGCUGCAACAAUUCUGUCAUAACAUCAAAAAUUUCAAUUCAACACUGUGAAAUCCUCACAUCAUUACAAUCACAAUCCUUUGAUGGCCACUUGAGCUUAAACCACAAUGAAGAUGCUGCUAAGGACUUUGGUAACAUACAUCAUUUUCCUCCUCUAGCAGUGUUGCAUCCGAAAACCGUUUCAGAUAUUUCACGUGCUAUAAAACAUGUUUUCGAAAAAGGGUCUGAUUCCGAGCUGAAGGUAGCUGCUAGAGGCCAUGGACAUUCCCUUCAAGGUCAGGCACAGGCACAUCAAGGACUAGUCAUCAAAAUGGAGUCACUAAAGGGUCCUGAGAUGAAAAUUCAGACAGGUGAAUUUCCUUAUGUGGAUGUCUCCGGUGGUGAGUUGUGGAUAAACAUUCUGCAUGAGACUCUUCAAUAUGGAUUGGCACCGAAAUCUUGGACAGAUUAUCUUCAUCUAACGGUUGGAGGCACUCUUUCGAACGCUGGAAUAAGUGGACAAGCUUUUAAGCAUGGACCUCAGAUCAAUAACAUCUUCCAGUUGGAAGUUGUCACAGGAAAAGGAGAAGUUGUUACCUGCUCAGAAAAUCAAAAUGCUGACCUUUUUCAUGGUGUUCUUGGAGGACUUGGACAAUUCGGUAUCAUCACCAGAGCUAGAAUUUCUCUUGAACCAGCACCAAAGAUGGUGAAAUGGAUUAGGGUGCUCUAUUCAGAUUUCUCUACAUUUACAAGAGAUCAAGAAUAUUUGAUAUCACUUAAGGACACAUUUGAUUAUAUUGAAGGAUUUGUAAUCAUAAAUAGAACUGGUAUCCUUAAUAGUUGGAGAUUAUCUUUUGACCCGAAAGAUCCACUUCAGGCCAGCCAAUUCAGUUCAGAUGGAAAGACUUUUUACUGUCUUGAGAUGGCAAAAUAUUUCAAACCUGAUGAAGCCGAAGUCAUGAAUCAGAGUGUUGAUCACCUACUGUCAAAAUUGAGUUACAUUCAACCCACACUGUUCCUGUCAGAAGUGUCUUACGUGGAAUUUUUGGACAGAGUGCAUGUUUCUGAGAUGAAGCUAAGAGCAAAAGGCCUAUGGGAUGUUCACCAUCCUUGGCUGAACCUUCUGAUCCCAAGGAGUGAAAUUCAUGACUUUGCUAAACAAGUAUUUGGCAAUAUUCUCAAGGACACAAGUAAUGGUCCCAUUCUCAUUUACCCUGUCAACCAAACUAGGUGGAACAGUAAAACAUCUUUGGUGACCCCAGAGGAAGAUGUUUUCUACUUAGUGGCCUUCUUGACAUCAGCAAUCCCAUUUUCUACUGGUGAAAACAGUUUGGAAUACAUUCUAAAUCAAAACAGAAGGAUCUUAGAUUUCUGCACCCAUGCCAAACUAAAUGUGAAGCAAUAUCUUGCUCAUUACACCACACAGGAAGAAUGGCAAACUCAUUUUGGGUCAAAAUGGGGGGCCUUUGUGGGAAGAAAAAGAACCUAUGACCCACUAGCAUUACUUGCCCCUGGCCACAGAAUCUUUCAAAAGGAAGGGUCUACCUCCAUUUAGUUUUAGAAUGUAAGGUUGUGAAUUAUUGAUUAAUAAUAACCUUAUAUGUUUCCAUGCUCUUAAUUAUUGUAAAUUUGUAAGCAUGGCCAUUGAAUUCACACUUGAAAACGAAA